AUGAAAAAAAGGGUUCCUGGGCAUUUACGGAAGAAGGCCCUUUUCAGUUGUGAUCGGUGUAGAUUGAAGAAAAGAGCAUGUAAGCGGGAGACAAAUGGCAACUCAAAAGCUACAGAUGUUGAUCUAAGCGUUCCUUGCACUGGAUGUGCCAAUAGAGGACUUGAAUGCAAAACCACUUUACCUCGAAAGAGACGCAGCCAUGUUACAGACAAAACUUUAGGCUUGCAUUAUAAAUAUUUGUACGCAAUCGCUCAAGCGAUGCUUCCCAAUGUAGAUAUCAACAAUAUGGACUAUUUGAGGAAAGUUGGCAGCGACAUGGGUAUAACAAUGCCCUCUUUUCUGAAAAAAGGGACUGAAAAUGAUGAGGAGCUUGCUGAUAUAGGUCGGUUGAUUUCACCAAAUUCCGAAAACACUUACUCGAGGUCGCAUGAGGAGAUUUUUGAAGGCGAUAAAUUUAUAUUGGAUAAUCAUGGCGUCUCACAUUAUGUUGGCCCUAUGGGUACAGCUGCGCUAUUGGCUAGUACGAGUUCUUUCAUGAUGGAUUCAAACGAAAUGUCAACCCUUUUUGCGCUGGAAUUUCAAAAAGUAUACGAGAGUGACGCAAUUGUUAGCUCCACGGCAUAUUCGAAUAGCGAUUCGAUAAAUUCGAAGAUUGACCCAACUUCUGAUACACCAUAUGUUCCAGGUUUGCACAAGUCAUUUUGUAACACAUAUAAAGAGGUUUUUUUUGAAAAGCUAUAUAUCUAUUAUCCUUGUAUGAGAAGAGAGCGCUUCGAAGACCUAUACGAAAAAUUUUGGCACGAAACAGGAGAGUGCAAAUAUCACGCAGCUGAAUUGACUUUAGACCAGAUUUGUUGUAUCUAUGCGGUACUUGUAUUAGGAUAUUGCUAUCACAGGCAGUUUUUCUCCUCAGGUUUAGACGAUCCUAUCAUACCACAGCUUCUUAAGAGAAUAGUAUCGUCAAUAUCAUCCUUGAUCCUUUUGCCCACAUUAGAUGGCAUUCUGUCAUUAUUACUAUUGGCCAUUUACUAUGGCAAGAAUAAGAAACGAGAAUGUUCAUAUUUAUUAUUAGAGAUAUCUUGCAAGCAAGCUUUGGCAAUUGGAUUAAGUCGUCAAUCAAUGAUUGAGUGUAUUGCUGAUGAAAAUGUCAAGGAUCAAAUGAAAAGAUUAUGGUGGGUUUUAUUUCUUCAAGAGGUUAAAAUGUGUAAACUUCUUGGUCGGGUAUCCUCGGUGUCCUUACAGGAAGUGAAUGUCGAUUAUCCAUCGUUUGAGCUGGAGAAUGAGGUAGGUGCAAUGUUUUUAUGUUCAAUUAAAUUGAUUCGUGUUGUUCACCAAUUCCCUGAAAUUGCGUCCUCUACUUUUGAAGAAAAUACUAUCAAAACUACUUGCUCUAUCAUUGACCACGUAGAGAAGUCAUUGCUAAAGUGGUACGUUGACUUCGAAAAAUGCUUCACAAAUGUAAGCAAAAGACAGUCAAUUUCUUUCAGAUUUCGAUUGAUGUUAGAGUAUCAUUACUAUCAUAUUUAUCUUUUGUUCGCUUCAAUAGUGCAUUUAUGUGAGAAGAAGACAGCCGUGGAAAAAAAGGUUAUCGAUCUUGCUGCAAGAUGCGUUCACUCUGGUAUCAAAAUCAGCGAAAUUCUUAUCGAAGGGGAUGCUUACACAAUACUCAAUUCUUUCUGGAGCCCCCAUGCAAAUUAUGCUUUCCUUUCGACUUUAUGUCUCUCCAGAGUAUUCAUAUGGAUGCAAAACGUUGGCAUAACGUCCUUGAAUUAUGAUAAUAUUCAUAUAUCGAAGGAGGAUAUUCAAAAGUCAAUGAUUUCAGUUAGGGAAUAUAACAAAGGACAUAUAUUUAGAUGGACAGGGUCAAGUGUUAAAUUAAGCAAAUACACCGAAGUAUUGCUAAAGAACUUCAAGUUUAUCAUAGACAAAUCACCUGUGGGAAACUCCGAAAUCGGAUAUGACGCUAUCGGUGCUGGUAUAGUCAAUUCAGAAGCUGAAACAGCAAAUCCAGCCAACUCCUCUGCAUCACUUGGAAUGGCCCCUGUUUCACCGACGACAAGGUGGGAUGUCUCGAAUGUUAGUAAUAGUACUCAACGUAUACUAAAUCAAAAUGAGUUGGCUGAUUUUACGUUGGAAAAAUUAGAGGGAAGCAUGUUUUUUGCGAAUGAUGUCAUGGGUUUGUAA